AUGCUUGAAAAGAGUAUAAAUGGAACUACACAAGUUUAUUCUACUGGUUCACGGAGUAUAAUGUCAGCUAGUUUUAUCAUCCUGUUUGGUGUACUUACAUGCUUCACAGAAUGGUCACUUGAGACAGUGGUAAAUACUACUGAGUCUCACAUCAAUUCGACUGAAUCACAAUCCACUCUGUUGCAGGCAACCCUGCAAUCAUCAGACUGUUUACGGUUGUUUGCUUCACUUUUUGGACGAUAUUAUUGGGUUGAUUUUUGCGACAGUAAUAGUUAUACUGACCCAUAUUUUAUGUAUUAUACAAAUAUGAUUUGUUCACAUCGAAGUUAUUUGACAACGAGAUACUGGAUCGUGUAUUCGCAACACGAAUUACACGGUCAAUAUAUUAUUAUUCCACCUGGUGUAUGUGUUAGUGAUUUAAGGGAAAGGGGAUUUUGGUCAGUGGGCUCUGCACUCAAAUGCGUGAGACUAAACCAGGUCAAUCAUCAUUUUUACUGUCACAAUCCGCGAAUAACAUGGUUGCCGAUCAAUCAAUCUCCAUUCGUACCACCACCGUUUCCCAAUCCAUUUGAAGGUCUCCAGCCGAAUAAUUAUCGUGAUCAACCAAAUAAUAAUACGACAACUGAAGUGCCUUUAGCUUAAAAUCUAUAUUAUAAAAACCUUUCACCGUUAUUCAAUUUUUCUAACAAACACUACAAUAUGAAAUAAUCAAAAUAUAUUUUGCAAAUGUACUUAGAUGGUGAUACUUACCUGGUCCAAUUUUAUUUAAACAACUCACACAAAAUGUUUCCUACUCAUUAGACUUUGAUAACCAUUACAUCAAAAGACUUUAUUCAUGGUGAGUGCUCUGUGCAUUACCGAAGGAAUAUCAUUCAUACUGUAAUAAUAUAACAACCUGAUCAGACUCAUUUAUUUUGGACAUCUCAAUAAAUGUAGUUGGCUUAAUAA